AUGAAGAUCAUCAUCCCCAGCCUCCUCCUCCUCGCCGGCUUGAUCGCCUUCGUCCAAGAGCUUGUCUCCCACGUGGAGGCCUCGAGAAGGUUUGUGGCGAUGCUGCCCAACGGUGCCAACGUGACCGGCUACCGAGCUAUCGGGCAUCCUGCUGGUAUGAGCCACUCUGCCGCAACGAACAAUUUCGGCAAGGCUUUCGCUGAUGUUGGCUACGCGUGGACCAAGGAGCUCUGCAUGAACGACACCGACGGUGAUGGCCAGACGAACGGCCAGGAACUGGGCGAUCCCUGCUGCCAGUGGAACAUGACGUCGAACCCCGUGGUGCUGUGGACGAUUGGAGUCUCGCAUCCCGACAACGCCUCGCUCGUUUCCGACCCGCAACUGUGGGCGAACGUAGUGUGCAACACGUCGACUGGCACGCCGACCAUGGCCCCGAAUUACAAGCCCAAGCACCACUACAAGCCCAAGCGCCACUACAAGCCGAAGCACAACUACAUGCCCAAGCACCGCCAGCACCACCUGUAG